AUGGUUGGGGAACUACCUAAAGUUACAUGGAAAAACAUCAUGUGUGGCAAUGAAUCAAGACCAAAAGCAGUGUUUAUAACGUGGCUACAACAACAAGAUAGGCUGCUAACUGCUGUAAGACUGAAAAGCUGGGGAAUUCAAGUUGAAAAUAACUGUGUCAUGUGUAAAGAGGUAGCUGAAACUAGGGAUCAUCUGUUUGCGAAAUGUGCAGUUGGAAGACAGGUUUGGAAGAAGCUAAUGCAGUGGCUGCAAAUCACUUGGGUGGAUGUGAGCACAUGGAACCAGAUGCAACAAUGGAUUGAGGAGAACACAAAAGGGAAAACUACAAAGGCAAAGUUAGUGAAGCUGGUGUUUACAGAAUAUGUUUAUGCAAUCUUGAUAGAAAGGAACAAUAGGCUGUUUGCUCAUAAGGAAAAUACAUGUGAAACAAUGGCUAGUGAGAUUGCAUAUACCUGUCAUGUUCGAGCCAAUAGUAAUUGA